AUCCGGACAGGCAAGUCCCCCAAUGCCACACCCAGCCCAGCGGUACCUGCUUCUCACGAAGGGGAUAGAGAGCAAAGGGAGCAGCACUAUUUUUCUUAUGUCUAGCUGGGCUGAGAGCAGCUCGAUCUUUCACAGGCUAAUUUCAAAUGAGCUACGGCUGCAGUCAAACUACAACGAAAUAAGAGGAGAAACCAGAGGAAAUUAUAAAAGUGCAAAAUGUGCCUGGUUUAUUGUAGGCUUUAACACAAAGUCAAUUUGCCUUGUAUUCAAUCCUGUCUUUGGCUUUCUGCAUUAUGGGUGCUUCCAGCUCACAGCAUGUAAUGGAUUUGGAACCUUUCCCAGAUGAUGUUCUCCUUGUAAUACUAAGCUUUGUGCCUUCCCGGGAUCUGUUAAAGAGCUGCAGACUGGUGAGCAAACGCUGGAAGCAACUUGUGGACUCCCCUACACUAUGGAAGAUUAAAUGCCAGCAAGAGUGGAGAAAAGAGGUUUUUAAUAGUGCUCUGAGCAUCCCAAACAUGAACUGGCAGAGACUGUAUCUGAAAAAGCCAUUCUUACGGAAUCUGAUUCGGAACCCAUGUGGUACUGAAGGUCUACAGCACUGGGAAAGUACAGAUGGUGGAGAUGGCUGGAAAGUAGAAGAUAACCAUUUUCCGCUGGAAGUGGCAGAUAGCCAAACUAGUUUUGUCACAUCCUUUAGAUGGUGCAAGAAGACUCAGGACGUAGACUUGUUAAAAGAAGGACUGUGGGAAGAUCUCCUGGACAACCAACAGCCUCCAAUCUGCAUUUCUGAUUGGUAUGCAGGGCGUUGUGAUUGUGGCUGUGUAUAUGAAAUCAAAGUUCAGUUGCUAUCUAAAGACAGAAAGCACUGUAUUGAUGAAUUCACAGCCAGUCCAGACCCAAUCCCACAAUGGAACAAUGGAAUCUACCACCAGGUGUCUCAUGUGUUUCAUGGCUAUGGGCCUGGAGUACGUUUCGUGAGGUUCUUUCACAUGGGGAAGGACACACAGUUCUGGAAGGGUUGGUAUGGAUCGCGCAUAACCAACUCAUCAGUCAUUGUAAGAAUUAAAAAAUAUGAAGAGGUUUGUGGGAGCACCGCAGGGCUAAAUAAAAGUGUGAAAUCUCAUUUGACCAGGGCUGUGGAGUCGGUAGAUAAAUUCUCUGACUCCGACUCCUCAGUUUCUGAUACUUCUGACUCCGACUCCUGAGCCCUGCAUUUGACACCAAAAAAAAUCACCAAAUAAAUAAAUAUGCAGCACAGACUUAACUAUUCACUUGUAAGCUCUUUAAGGCAGGGACCUCCUCUAAACUGUGUAUUAAAUCUAUCAGCAUGUAAGUAUUUAUUCUUACUUUAACAACUAUACUUUGUUUAUGGUUACGCCUUGUAAAGAACUUUUGCAGUGCUAUAUAAAUAAAUUCAAUAUAAUAAAUAGUUAGGGGGGAUUGUAAUGGUUUUUAUUGCUUAUAACCGAUAACAAUGAACUAACAAGCCACUAAAACAACAAACAAUAAAAUGCAUUUAUGAAAACAUGUAAAAAAAUAAAAUAAAAUAAUGAAACCCUUU